AUGGCCAAGACAAGUGGAUCUCAAGAAGAGAUCCAACUCAUAAAUGAUAAUACAGAUUUUGGUUAUUGGUACAAUGAAAUGAAUAGUGAUGAUCAAUUUGUACGUUACAUGGCAGAAAUUUACAAGAAACAACACCUGGAUAUAUACAUGAACCAACAACAAAAUAAAACAAUGACUCAUCAUACACGCUCCACUGCCCAAUCACCAUCAAGUCGACUACAAGUAACAAGACAAUUACCACAGCUAAUGGACCAUCCAAUUACAUUCGAUCACAUUCAAGAAAUACAUCGUCAUCAUCAUCACCAGAACCAGAUACCAAAGACAUCUAUAAUUGAUCGGCAUACACGAUCAAGCCCAUCUUCAACAAAUCCUCAAAUUUCAUCAACACCACGACGACCAUUAGAAGAAAGUGGAUCCGAAAAUCAAUCUCAAAGACAAAUAAAGAAGUCAAGACCUCAUGAAACUACACCAUCAGCUCCUUCACAAAUAUCAACAAUAGUUAAACCAUUUCAUCUACCAACAGCACAUCUUAAACGAGCAGUAGCGAAUAAUCUACCUUGCUUCUAUAUAAAAUUUGAUAGUAAUAUAACUCAAUGUAGUAUACCACCAGCCAUGAAAGUGGCAAGAUGGAUUCGUCAAACAGUCCAACAAGAAUCAUCUGAACCAAUAGGAGACUUUUCAAUACUGAUACCUGUUGGCACAAAUCGAUACAAAUUUGGUGUAACAUCAAAAAAUGAUUUCUUAUUACUUUGGAACUAUCAAGUUAAAAAAGCUAUUAAUGAUGGAUUAAUAAGUCAAUCCAGCAUCAACCAAAAACGAGAAGCUGCUCGCUAUGUCGAAAAUGUAGGAUUGGAAACAAAACAAAUAAAUGGCGCUAAACAAGCAUGGGGACGUCAAUUAAAAUCAACAGAUAGGCUACAAAUUCAACCUGAAAAAGAAAAUGAUCAAUUAGGUGAGCUAAUUUACAAAUCGAAAACAUUACCAAUCUCAAAAUUAAAAGCAGGUUCGAUUACGAUUGCUGGCCAACAAGAAAUAACAAAUAUGCUUUACAAUUAUUAUAAGGAACAAGCAAAUAGUCCUAAUAUAGAUGAAAAUGAACAACAUGAUCAGAAAAUUGUAUGUGACUAUAACAAAAUCAUGAAUACCUUAUCCCAAUCACCAGAUAUCAAUGUCGAAAAAGUAACAUCAUCAGAAAUAACGAAAAUUAUUAAAAAAUUGAAAAACAAAAAAUCAUCGGGCUUAGUUCAACAACUAGAAGUAUUCAAAAAGAAUGCAAGUGAAAAGUUUAACGCUAUCACAAAUGAUCAACAACAACAACAACAAGAAACACCAACAUCUUCGUCCUUACAACCCAACAAACCACUUGAUACAGUUGUACAUACAAUAAAUGAUAAGCUUGUAUCACCAUUGGAAAUACUUAAACGUCGUUGUGUACCUGUUCAUCGUUUACUUCAACAUAAUCAACAAAAGAUUCAUUCAACUGUUCAAAUUAUUCAACAACGAUCUGAUUUAAAUCAUAAUGAUGAUCAUCAUUAUCAUGGAAAUCAUGCUGAAAUUAUGAGUCGUGUAGAUGAUUUUAAUCGUCAACAAACAAAAGAUGAUGCAAAGUUAUGUUCAAUGUUAAAAGAAGGUCAUGCAUAUACACAAAUCAAAUUUAUUCAACAAGAACAUGUCAAAGAUUAA